AUGGAAACACGCAAGAAAGCAAAUAGCACCAGAAGAGCUCAUGAUAUACCGUUAGCUGAGGAGGAUAGAGUUCCCUCCAAAUGUGACUUUCUCAGAUUCAAACGAGAUCCAUUUUCGGAUAUUGAAAACGCAAAGAUAGUGAGGAAAUCCAACUCCACUUCUCAGAAAGCGUCUCACAGCGACUCCGAUUUGAGAGAGGAGGAAACUAGCGGCAGUGGAGCUCAAGAGUCAGAAGAAGGCCUAAUCCGUGAGGAGCAGCCCGUCACUAGCCAUGCACUGAAGGAAAAAGAGAACAUACGUGGCCACGUAGAAGAAGAAACAGAUGAAAGCCAUCCACCUCGUCAAAUCGCUGAAGAUACGGAAGAAGUUGCUCGCGUUCGUGGAAAAAGUGAGAGUUAUUGCGACCAGUACGAACAGCACUUUUCCUUCUACUGUAUCGGAGACACCGAUCAUACUGGACAGCAUGAAGCGGAAAUUUCGAAGUUCUGCCCGGCAUACAAAGCCGCGUGUGCUCACAAGCGAAUCACUUCAUCAGUUUCGCUGACAGCUUGGCCAAGGGAUCCAUUCAAGAAAAAGGUAUCCUCCCGUGCUUCCGUAAAAGAAUCAAGUGAGUCGUCUGAAGAAGAUAGCGAGGAAUUGACAUCUGAAGAAGAGCUGUUUGAAAGAAGAGAGGCGUACAUCAAAGAACUCAAGCGCCGUAUCCCAUGUAAGCCGGACUGCGAUAGUCGAUUCUACCCGCACUGUACAGCAGAAUGUAAAUGCGACUAUCUCUAUCCAGCAGUUCAACGAUUCUGCAAUCCUCCACCAAUGCCCCUUUUCCUGAACACGUGCAGGUUAUGGUACAACGGAUGUCCGAAAUAUGCACAGUACCAUUACGCUUCACAAUAUAUUUAUUCGAAGGCUGAGAAAGGAAAGAGAGUCCCUGGACCGUACAUAGCCAAUCCGAAUCCAUACAAUAUCCCUACGGGAGCCAACCAACCUCCUCUGUCUGCAGCUGGUCGUCCUACGCGAGAACAAAUCUAUUCAGACAAUCCACAAAGUCUUCGUCCAUUGGCUCGUUCAUCCAGUACGCUGGCCAUUCCUCCUCCAUUACCGGACUCUGUCAGGAGAGAUGCUGUUGAGGGAACUUCUCGCAAAGAAAGCACAAGAAAGACGUAA